AUGGAGGAAUAUGCCAGAGAGCCUUGUCCAUGGAGGAUUGUUGAUGACUGUGGAGGAGCUUUCACCAUGGGGGCUAUUGGUGGUGGCAUUUUUCAGGCUGUAAAAGGUUUCAGAAAUGCACCUUCAGGUAUGAGUCACAGAAUGAGAGGGAGUUUAACAGCCAUCAAAACUAGAGCCCCGCAGCUCGGAGGGAGCUUUGCAGUGUGGGGAGGUCUGUUCUCUAUGAUCGACUGUGGUUUAGUCAAAGUACGAGGCAAAGAAGAUCCAUGGAACUCUAUAACAAGUGGAGCUAUGACCGGAGCUAUCCUCGCUGCCAGAAAUGGGCCUGUGGCCAUGUUUGGCUCAGCAGCAAUGGGUGGCAUCCUCCUGGCGUUGAUAGAGGGCGCUGGUAUCCUGUUGACUAGAUUCGCUUCUUCACAAUUCCCAACUGGCCCUCAGUUUGCGGAAGAGCCAGGCCCUGCCCCAAUGGGAUCCUCAUCGUUUGGAGACUAUAGACAAUAUCAGUGA